UCCUUCGUAAUUUUCGAACAAGUUAACCAACCCGAAGAUUGCCAAUCUUUGUACGAGUUAACUUAAUUUGCAAAUCCAUGUAAACAAACUCGAAAACUGUAUCCAGUUUUUGAGCUGAUUGAAAGAUAUAAAAUCUUGCAAGAUGACAGAUCUACAAGAUGAAUUUUCCAUUGACAUUGAUGAAACGAGAGCAAACAGUGGAGGGCCAGCCAUUAAUCUCUUCAAUGUGGACAUGAAAUAUCAAUCUAUAGACUUUACUACUACAGAAAACCCUAGCAUUCAACAGGAUGAGAACACAGAGGGAGAUAACAUUACUAGUAAUAGGAGUGUUACUCCCCCUGCCCCGUCAUUAGACAUAUUUGAUUUUGAUAUGAAAUACACAGAAGAUCCUUCCGAGGAACACUUUAAAGUAUCAGAAAAUGUAGAUGUUGUAGUGUCCCCAGCACCUCAACUCAAGGGCAUUGAUUUUACCAGCUUCUCAAAGACUGAGGAAACAAAAAGGACCUCUCAAUCUGAAACAAAUUCAGUGUCCCAAAAUGAGGGGAGAACAAUGGAUCAGAAUUCAGUAGAGAAGACGGCUACCUCCCAAAAUGCUCAGAAAUCGGUGCUGAUGCAGAGCGUGCUCCAGAAAAUUAAGACGACGCAGACCGGUGGAGACAGUCAGGUGGUCCAGGUGGAGAAAAAGGUGACAGAGGUGAAAGUGAUGCACACCGAGAAGAGAUUACAAGAGACCACCAGCACAUUGAUAAUUGAAAACAGUGUUAAAAUGAAGAACAAUGAAGACUCUGAUGAGGAAUUUGAUUUUGACACACCCACUACCAAAACUAGUGAGAGGUCUCAGAAUUCUGAUAGCCAGAAACUUAAAGAAACCCAAGCAUCCAUGACAGCAAAGUCUAAAGCAGUCUCAGAAACCUCACCUCUUUUUAAAAAUGCAGAAAAACAGCCCCCAAUGAUGUCAGUUACGAAAGAUCCCGAGAUUAAAGCCAGUCCAGCAGUUGGUGUUGUACAGAAGGCACCAACAUCAACCAGUGAAGGACUUACCCAGGGUUUACCGGAGAAAAGUGUGGCAGCAAAGUUCAUAGGACAGUCUCAAACUGUCAGUGAAAUAGGGCAUGCUGUACUGAAACAGGUUUGUGAGAAUGGAACAGUAUCAGAAAUGGCCCACGUCCAAAAUAAUGUUGAAGAUGAAUGGGACAAAGUCCAGACAAUUGAAGCAGGGUUUGUAGAUGAGAAUGACACCAAAAAGAAAGAGAGUGUUGUGACGAAUGUACCAUUGCUGUCGUACUACGAAAUGUCAGAACAUUUGGGCACACAGGAUUUUUCAGGAGUAAAGGAUAAGAUCAGGACAACAGUGGAAUAUCAUGGCUUCUCUAAACUCAAGCACUUCCUGUUUGGACCACCCAAGCUUCACAGAGAUCUACACGAUGAGAGAGACAGAAUAUUCUGCAUCGCAGCUUCUGUGCUGGAGAACUCGGACCAGAUCCACGUUCGGUCCCUACAGACAAUCUACCGCAGCCUCACCGGGUCAAGGUUCGACUGCCCUCGCUAUGGCAACCAUUGGGAGGAAAUCGGAUUUCAGGGCAGGGAUCCAGCCACUGACCUGAGGGGUGUUGGUCUGCUAGGACUGUUACACCUGGUUUACCUGUUGCGUGAUGCUAAGCGACAGGUGUUGGCCAGUGAGAUCUACAAGCUCUCCCUCCAUCCUACUCAGAACUUUCCGUUUUGUGUCAUGUCCAUCAACCUUACUAGGAUUGCUCUUCAAGCUCUGAGAGAAGGCUGUCUCAACAAAGAGUGUAAUAAACAGAGGGACGUCCUGGCCCUGAUGUGUGACUUCUACACCGGCCUCUACCUACAGAUGUACCAGGUGUGGAAGUCUCAGGGGAAGACCAUCACAGACUCAGGGUUUGUCCUACAGCACAUAGAAACUCAUGGCAAGAAGCAUCCUCAUGCAGUACUGAAAAAUCUAGAGGAGUACCUGGCCAAGAAGAAAUCGGCAGCCAACCUGGAGAAUGUCAACCUCGGAGAGGAACAGUUUAUGAGUGUUGUAGACUCAGAAACAGCCGGACAUUACUGAGGCCCCAGAAGGAGGGGGGAGUUU